GGGCACCCUGCUAAGAAAUCUGCACCGAAGUUUCAACCAAACCUCCUGCUCACCGGGUGUUCUGCAAGUAAACGGUCAUCAUGCCUGACCCAGAGAUGGAGUGUUUCGGCCCGGCGGCCGUCUACCUCCGGAAGCCAGAAAAGGAGCGAAUUGAGGCUCAGAACACUCCCUUUGAUGCUAAAACAGCAUAUUUUGUGUCUGAGCCCACAGAGAUGUACGUCAAGGGGAAACUUGUAAAGAAAGAAGGAGGCAAGGCCGUCGUGGAAACCAUCACUGGGAAGCCUCAGACUCUCACUGUAAAAGAAGAUGAAAUCUUCCCCAUGAACCCUCCAAAGUUCGAUAAGAUUGAGGACAUGGCCAUGAUGACCCACCUCAACGAGCCCGCUGUACUGUAUAACCUCAAAGAGCGUUACGCAGCCUGGAUGAUCUACACCUACUCAGGCUUGUUCUGCGUCACUGUGAACCCCUACAAGUGGCUGCCGGUGUACGAUGCAGUGGUUGUUGCAGGAUACAGGGGAAAGAAGAGGAUUGAGGCUCCGCCCCACAUCUUCUCCAUCUCUGAUAAUGCCUAUCAGUUCAUGCUCCAAGAUAGAGAAAACCAGUCAAUCCUGAUUACCGGAGAAUCUGGUGCAGGAAAGACUGUGAACACCAAACGUGUCAUCCAGUACUUUGCGACAAUCGCAGUAGCUUCUGGGAAGAAGGUGGAGCCAGCUGCUGGUAAAAUGCAGGGAUCACUGGAGGAUCAGAUCAUUGCAGCAAACCCACUGCUGGAAGCUUAUGGUAACGCCAAGACUGUGAGGAAUGACAACUCCUCUCGUUUUGGAAAAUUCAUCCGAAUUCACUUUGGGUCAACUGGAAAGCUGGCUUCAGCUGAUAUUGAAACAUAUCUGCUGGAGAAGUCACGUGUGACGUUCCAGCUGUCAGCUGAGAGGAGCUACCACAUCUUCUACCAGCUCACAACAGGCCACAAACCUGAGCUGAUAGAGGCCCUCCUGAUUACCACCAAUCCCUAUGACUAUCCGAUGAUCAGUCAGGGUGAAAUCACUGUCAAGAGUAUCAAUGACGUUGAAGAAUUCAUCGCYACUGAUACUGCUAUCGACAUCCUGGGCUUCACUGCAGAGGAGAAGGUCAGCAUGUACAAGCUGACAGGAGCUGUGAUGCAUCAUGGGAACAUGAAGUUCAAGCAGAAGCAGCGUGAAGAGCAGGCUGAGCCUGAUGGCACAGAGGUUGCGGAUAAAAUCUCUUACCUAAUGGGCCUGAACUCUGCCGAUUUGUUGAAGGCACUGUGCUACCCCAGAGUGAAAGUGGGAAACGAGUUUGUCACAAAGGGUCAAACUGUACCACAGGUCAACAAUGCCGUGAUGGCUCUCUGCAAGUCUGUCUAUGAGAAAAUGUUCUUGUGGAUGGUGGUCAGAAUCAAUGAGAUGCUGGACACCAAGCAGCCCAGAAGCUUCUUUAUUGGUGUCUUGGACAUUGCUGGGUUUGAAAUCUUUGAUUUCAACAGCUUGGAACAGCUGUGUAUCAACUUCACCAACGAAAAACUGCAACAGUUCUUCAACCAUCACAUGUUCGUCCUGGAGCAGGAAGAGUACAAGAAAGAGGGGAUUGAAUGGGAAUUCAUUGACUUUGGCAUGGACUUAGCAGCCUGCAUUGAGCUCAUUGAGAAGCCAAUGGGCAUCUUCUCCAUCCUUGAAGAGGAGUGUAUGUUCCCGAAGGCUACAGACAUGACCUUCAAGAGCAAAAUGUAUGACCAGCAUUUGGGAAAAAGUGCCCCCUUCCAGAAGCCGAAACCUGCCAAAGGCAAAGCUGAGGCCCAUUUCUCUCUGAUGCACUACGCCGGCACCGUGGACUAUAAUGUUCUUGGCUGGCUGGAAAAGAACAAAGACCCAUUGAAUGACUCUGUGGUUCAGCUCUACCAGAAGUCUUCAGUAAAACUGUUGGCUUUGCUGUAUGCAUCCCACGCAUCAGACGCUGAGGGUGGUGCCAAGAAAGGUGGCAAGAAGAAGGGAGGCUCCUUCCAGACUGUGUCGGCAUUGUUCAGGGAGAAUCUGGGCAAACUGAUGACCAACCUGAGGAGCACUCAUCCUCAUUUUGUGCGCUGCUUGAUUCCCAAUGAAUCCAAGACACCAGGUCUCAUGGAGAACCACCUGGUCAUCCACCAGCUGAGGUGUAACGGUGUGCUGGAGGGAAUCAGGAUCUGCAGGAAAGGUUUCCCUAGCAGAAUCCUCUACGGUGACUUCAAGCAGAGAUACAAAGUGUUGAAUGCCAGUGUCAUCCCUGAGGGACAAUUUAUUGACAACAAGAAGGCCUCUGAGAAACUCUUGGGCUCUAUUGACGUUGAUCAUACUCAAUACAAGUUUGGACACACAAAGGUGUUCUUCAAGGCUGGUCUACUGGGUCUCUUGGAGGAGAUGCGAGAUGAAAAACUUGCAAUCCUUGUCACAAUGACUCAGGCCGUCUGCAGAGGCUUCCUCAUGAGGCGCGAGUUUGUCAAAAUGAUGGAACGCAGGGAAGCCAUUUAUUCAAUCCAGUACAACAUUCGCGCUUUCAUGAAUGUCAAGACUUGGCCAUGGAUGAAGCUGUACUUCAAGAUCAAACCUCUGCUGAAGAGCGCAGAGACAGAAAAGGAGAUGGCUCAAAUGAAAGAAGACUUUGCAAAAACCAAAGAAGAGCUGGCAAAGGCUCUGGCUAAGAAGAAAGAACUGGAGGAAAAGAUGGUUUCUCUCCUUCAGGAGAAGAAUGACUUGCAACUGCAAAUUCAGUCGGAAGGUGAAAACCUCAUAGAUGCAGAGGAAAGGUGUGAACAGCUCAUUAAGGCUAAAAUCCAGCUUGAGGCCAAGGCYAAAGAGAYAUCUGAGAGACUGGAGGAUGAGGAGGAGAUSAAUGCUGAGCUGACAGCCAAGAAGAGGAAACUGGAGGACGAGUGCUCCGAGUUAAAGAAGGACAUUGAUGACUUGGAGCUCACUCUGGCCAAAGUGGAAAAGGAGAAACAUGCCACUGAAAACAAGGUUAAAAACCUGGUUGAGGAAAUGGCCUCUCAAGAUGAGACCAUUGCCAAACUGUCGAAAGAGAAGAAAGCUCUCCAAGAGGCUCAUCAGCAAACCCUCGAUGAUCUGCAGGCAGAGGAAGACAAAGUCAACACUCUGACCAAGGCCAAGACCAAGCUGGAGCAGCAAGUGGAUGAUCUUGAAGGUUCCCUGGAGCAAGAAAAGAAGAUCCGUAUGGAUCUGGAGCGAGCUAAAAGAAAGCUGGAAGGAGAUCUGAAGCUGGCCCAAGAAACCAUCAUGGACCUGGAGAAUGACAAGCAGCAGUCUGAUGAAAAACUAAAGAAGAAGGACUUUGAAACAAGCCAACUUCUAAGCAAGAUUGAAGAUGAGCAAUCCCUUGGUGCUCAGCUCCAGAAGAAAAUAAAAGAACUUCAGGCUCGUAUUGAGGAGCUGGAGGAGGAGAUCGAGGCUGAGCGAGCUGCUCGGGCCAAAGUGGAGAAGCAGAGGUCCGAUCUCUCCAGGGAACUUGAAGAGAUCAGCGAGAGGCUGGAAGAAGCUGGCGGAGCCACUGCAGUUCAGAUCGAGAUGAACAAGAAGCGCGAAGCCGAGUUUCAGAAGCUGCGCCGGGAUCUGGAGGAGGCCACCCUGCAGCACGAGGCCACGGCCGCAGCUCUCCGCAAGAAGCAGGCUGACAGCGUGGCCGAGCUGGGAGAGCAGCUCGACAACCUCCAGAGAGUCAAACAGAAGCUGGAGAAAGAGAAGAGUGAGUUCAAGAUGGAGAUWGACGACCUCUCAAGCAACAUGGAGGCUAUCGCAAAAGCAAAGGGAAACCUUGAGAAGAUGUGCAGGACAUUAGAGGAUCAGCUGAGCGAGCUCAAAGCCAAGAAUGAUGAGAAUGUUCGUCAGCUGAAUGAUAUUAGUGCACAAAAGGCACGACUUCAAACUGAAAAUGGUGAAACUGCUCGGCAGCUGGAGGAGAAAGAAGCCCUCGUAUCUCAGCUGACCAGAGGCAAGCAGGCUUACACUCAGCAGAUUGAGGAGCUGAAGAGGCACAUAGAGGAGGAAGUKAAGGCCAAGAACGCUCUGGCUCAUGCUGUUCAGUCGGCUCGACAUGACUGUGAUCUGCUCAGAGAGCAGUAUGAGGAGGAGCAGGAGGCCAAAGCUGAGCUGCAGCGUGCCUUGUCCAAGGCUAACAGCGAGGUGGCUCAGUGGAGAACCAAGUAUGAGACUGAUGCCAUUCAGCGCACUGAGGAGCUGGAGGAGGCUAAGAAAAAGCUCGCCCAGCGUCUUCAGGAUGCUGAGGAAUCCAUCGAGGCUGUGAAUGCCAAAUGUGCCUCCCUGGAAAAGACUAAACAGAGGCUGCAGGGUGAAGUGGAGGACCUGAUGAUCGACGUGGAGAGAGCAAACGCUCUGGCUGCCACCCUGGACAAGAAGCAGAGGAACUUCGACAAGGUCCUUGCGGAGUGGAAGCAGAAGUAUGAGGAAAGCCAGGCUGAGCUGGAGGGAGCUCAGAAAGAAGCUCGCUCUCUCAGCACCGAAAUGUUCAAGCUGAAAAAUUCAUAUGAAGAAUCUCUGGAUCAGCUGGAGACCUUGAAGAGGGAGAACAAGAACCUGCAGCAGGAGAUCUCAGAUCUAACUGAGCAAAUCAGUGAAACUGGAAAAACCAUUCAUGAACUGGAAAAAGGGAAAAAGGUUGUUGAGACUGAGAAGAGUGAACUCCAAACCUCCCUUGAAGAGGCUGAGGCAACCCUGGAGCACGAAGAGUCCAAGAUUCUCCGYGUUCAGCUGGAGCUCACCCAACUUAAGGGCGAGAUCGACAGAAAGCUGGCAGAAAAGGACGAGGAGAUCGAGCAGAUCAAGAGGAACAGCCAGCGGGUGAUUGAGUCCAUGCAGAGCACUCUGGAUGCUGAGGUCAGGAGCAGGAACGACGCCCUGAGAAUCAAGAAGAAGAUGGAGGGAGACCUGAAUGAGAUGGAGAUUCAGCUGAGCCACGCAAACCGCCAGGCAGCUGAAGCUCAGAAACAGCUGAGGAACGUGCAGGGACACCUCAAGGAUACACAACUGCACCUUGAUGAGGCUGUCAGGGGACAAGACGAGAUGAGAGAGCAGGUGGCGAUGGUGGAGCGCAGGAACACCUUGAUGGUGGCCGAGAUCGAGGAGCUGAGAGCUGCACUCGAGCAGACAGAGAGGAGCCGCAAAGUGGCUGAACAGGAACUGGUUGAUGCCAGCGAGCGUGUUACACUGCUGCAUUCUCAGAACACCAGCCUCAUCAAUACCAAGAAGAAGCUGGAGGCUGAUCUUGUUCAGAUCCAAGGUGAGGUGGAAGAUGCUGUUCAGGAAGCAAGAAACGCUGAAGAGAAAGCCAAGAAGGCCAUCACUGAUGCUGCCAUGAUGGCGGAGGAGCUGAAGAAGGAGCAGGACACCAGUGCUCAUUUAGAGAGGAUGAAGAAGAACCUGGAGAUUACAGUGAAGGACCUGCAGCACCGCCUGGAUGAGGCGGAAAAUCUGGCCAUGAAGGGAGGCAAGAAGCAGCUCCAGAAACUGGAAGCUCGGGUUCGUGAACUGGAGACUGAAGUUGAUGCUGAACAAAGACGCAGUGCUGAGGCGAUCAAGGGUGUGAGAAAGUAUGAAAGAAGAGUGAAGGAACUCACCUAUCAGACUGAGGAGGACAAGAAGAACAUCACCAGGCUGCAGGAUCUGGUGGACAAACUGCAGCUGAAAGUGAAAUCCUACAAGAGACAGGCUGAGGAGUCUGAAGAGCAGGCCAACACUCACCUGACCAGGUACAGGAAGGUGCAGCAUGAGAUGGAGGAAGCUCAGGAGCGGGCCGACAUCGCCGAGUCUCAGGUCAACAAGCUGAGGGCCAAGAGUCGGGAAAUUGUCAAGACAAAGGAGUCCCAGGAGUGAUGAAGAAAUCAAACCUAAACAGUGACAAGAACUCAUAGAAUAUGAGAACCUUGUUACCUGUGUUUUAUGAUGUAAAACAUGCUGUGAUAAAAUGUAUUUAAUAAAUGGAACAGAUAGCUGACA